GUGACCGGGCGGCGCCCACGUGACCGCGCGCGCGGCGGAGCGAUGGCGGCGGGGCUGGCCGGCUUUCUGCUGCUGCUGGGGCUCGCGGCGCGCGGGCCCGCGCCCGCCGCUGCCGCCAAGAUGAAAGUGGUGGAGGAGCCCAACGCGUUCGGGCUCAACAACCCGUUCCUGCCCCAGACCAGUCGCCUCCAGCCCAAGAAGGACCCUUCACCCGUGUCUGGGCCCGUGCACCUCUUCAGGCUUUCCGGCAAGUGCUUCAGCCUGCUGGAGUCUACGUACAAGUACGAGUUCUGCCCGUUCCACAACGUGACACAGCACGAGCAGACCUUCCGUUGGAACGCCUACAGCGGGAUCCUGGGCAUCUGGCACGAGUGGGAAAUCGUCAACAGCACCUUCCGGGCCAUGUGGAUGCGCGACGGCGACUCGUGCCGCACCCGGAGCCGGCAGAGCAAGGUGGAGCUGACCUGCGGAAAAAGCCACCGCCUGGCCCACGUGUCCGAGCCGAGCACCUGCGUCUACGCGCUGACGUUCGAGACGCCUCUGGUGUGCCACCCACACUCAUUGUUAGUGUACCCCGUGCUGCCCCCGGCCCUGCAGCGGCGCUGGGACCAGGCGGAGCAGGACCUAGCCGACGAGCUCAUCACGGUGCAGGUGAGGUGUGGGGCGGGCACCCCUCCCUGGGGCACAGCGCAGCUCGGAGCUGGCUGUUCCCUCCUCCCCCGUCCCCAGGGCUACAGCAAGGUGCUCCGGGCACUCUUUGAGGACGCUGGCUACCUACGGCCCCUAGAAGAAGGGGAGUCGGCGCGGGAAGGAGCGGUCAAGGACCCGGUGUUCCAGACCUUAGAGAGCUGCAGUGAGGCACACAGAGAGCUGGCGAAGGAGCUGCGGAGACUGCAGAGCGCGCUGACGCAGCACGGCCUCUCCUACGCCAGCCCCGAGGGAACUCCCAGCUCCGAGCACGUGGGCCCCAAGACACCCACAGACGGGACAGCAGAGUGGCUACGAGGCGACCCGGGACUGCGUGGGAACACCUUGUGACCGGAGACAGGCCGAGGGCGGCCCCAGACCCGCGGGGGGGGGGGGCAGGCGGGAGCCGCUUCCUUUGGGACCCGGGAGGCACUCAGGCUCGGCUCAGGCAGACAGAAUAAAGACUCAAAGUUUUAAUUAAUUCCUGUACUGAUAAAAAUAAUUCCAUGGGUUCUGUAAACCACUGCGUAAAUGCUGUAGUGUAAGAAACUUCUUAAACAAGUGUUAACUCGGAACAAUUCACUACACGUAAAUGAUUAUGCGUUAUAAAUACUA